AUGCGGCUGCGGCACAAACACAGCUCGUCGCGGCUACACGAGAUUCGCACAGAUGCCGAAAGCGGACCUCUUGGCGCCGAGUCGCUGUCGUCGUCGUCGGAGCUCUCGCAUGAUAUUUUGCUCGUCAACGAGAAGGCUGACUUUGACGAGAUCAUGCGCAACAUGCCCUGGAUCGCCGCUUACCAGGCUGUGCUCAUGACUUUGGGCAUGGACCAGGCGGCCGGCAAGCGACGAUCGGUCAUAACCACCUUUCGCUCGCUCAUGCUCUCACUGUUAUUGUUUUCUGUUUCCUUGGUUGCAUUCUACAAUGCCACUCGCAACGAGCGGUGGACAAUGCUCACGCUCAUCGGCCUGUGGUACUUCCACUGUGGGGUCUUUCUCGGCGUCAUGACCCUUCACAUGCCCUCGCGCUGGUUCCGGCAUCUGAUCGUCUCGCUGGUAGUCCACGCUGCCGACGAUCCACUCGUCUCGCUCUCGAGCGAGUCUGACGGUGGCCGUGGGUCAAGGAGUCGCAGCGAGGCCGUGCGCCAGCGCGCGCAUGCCGACAUUCUGCCGACUCACUUUCUCAAGAUUCUCAACCAUGGCUUUCGCUACCUGAUGAUUGCACAACUGGUGGCCAUUACCUUCAACGUGAGCAUUGGUGCCGCAUUCUUCAUCGACAUCGGCACCGCAACCGAUGUCUACAUCUCAAUCAUCCAGCCUUUCGAUUCGCUUGGCUUCAAGAUCUUUGCCUUUUUUUCGAACACAGUGGCCACAGUGGUGUGGAUCUUUCCGCUUCCGCCGUUCCUGCUCAGCUUGUACAUCCUGCACAAGCAGUUUGCGCAUCUCGCUGAUGCGAUUCGUCGCGGCGCCAUUCCAUUGCCGGAAGACAUGGCGGUUACUCACCAGCGUAUCCAUCGGCGCUCGGUCUUCCUCACCCACUUUGCGCGGUGGCCCAUUGGUCUCAACAUCUCCUCGCAUGCCGUCUUUUCCGUCUUUCUCUCCUACCGCAUCGUGACCCAGGACUCGGCCGAUAUGGAGCUGUUGGUCAUCGAGAUGUUCUGGCUCUUGGCCGCCACCCUUGUUAUUUUUGUCAUCACCUUUCUUGCCGCCUAUGUCCACUCGUCGGGCUCAGAAGCCAUGGUCUUUGCCAUCGCCGAUGUCCACGCGCCGACUUUCGACAUGCGGACCGAGCUGGAGUAUGCACUCUCCACCGUCGAGCGCCGCGCCUCGGGCUUUCGCCUCGCCAAGACCUUCCUCAUCACUUGGACCGUUCUCGCCAAGAUCGUAUCGCUCUUUGUCUCCUUCCUGGCCCUUCUCAACAACAUGCAAUCUGUGCCCGAACUGGCAUCAACGCGGGUCCUCUUUGCCGACUACAAGUACACCUUUGUCUGCGGCGAGUGCGUGGGGACCGAGGUCGGCCACGCCCGGUUCGAGCGCCUGCCGCGGGCGGUGAUCGACAUGGCCUUUGUUGCCCUCUUUAACAUGCACAUGGUCGCCGGCCAUGCCGGGCAGCUGGAUGCCGAGGCUGCAGAGCAGGGAGAUGCGCUUAGCGAGGCCGAGUCGUUCACCUUUGCCGACAUCGACGCCUUUGUCCGCUCGCACUGGUUCUUCCUCACUGCCGAGCCACUCAUCGACGACACUCUCAGCUCCACCCUCUUCACCACCCUGCUCAAGCACCCGGAGCUGUUCCGCAAGCUCGAGCCGCAGCCCGACGUGCUUGAAGUUGCCGAGAGGGCUGCGCCGCCGGCGCGCAACGGCAAGCGCACCGAGGUCGUGUCGUCGGUCGAUGCUCGCUUCCAGCUCACCCGCUUCCACCCGUACUGGGCCUCGUCGCUCGACGCCCUUGCCGCCCGCUACCCGCACCUUACUCACGUCGAGGAGCGGCCAGAGCUGGUGCAGCUCGCUGUCGAGUCUUUUGGCGAACCUCCUGCCGCCCGCCGUCCGUCGGCCUCAGGCCUCGUUGCCCCGCGCGCCCUGAGCUGGACCUCGGCCCGGGCUGGUCAGGUCCACUCGUACCUCGACUUUGUCUCUGGCCUUUCGCACUCAGCUGUUGCCGCCCGCCGCCGCUCGUCUAGGUCGUCGGCAGGCAGCCUUACCCGUGCUCUGCAUCCGGCGGCCGGCGUCACCCCGCCGCGCUCGCCGGCGCCCAAGAAGCGCGGCCGCCCGCGCAAGUCGCAGUCGCGCAAUGCAGGCGACAAGGCUCCGAAAAAGCGCAAGCCGCGCGGAACAGUGCCCGAGGGCGAGGUCCAGCACACCAAGUCCCAUCCGCUCGGCUCCAUCAUCUUUGGCGUCAAGGCUAUCAUCAAUGGCUUUGAAUGUGUUGGCUGUGGCUACGUCUCGCGCUGGGCCUGCAACGUCAAGCGCCACAUCAAGACUGCCACCUGCGGCAUCGAGUUGGGCCUGAUUGACUCUGCCACCCGCGAGGCCAACCGCAAAAAGUACUCGGGCAAGUCGGCAAGCUCACGUGCCAAAUCCGCCAAGACCUCGGCCGGCCCGCCUCGCAAAAAAGCCAAGAACAACGCUGGCAAGCCGACGCCGCCGCCGCCGCCGCCGCCCACUGCUACCGUCGCUGCAACUGCCAGCGUCGACGCCGAGUCUGAGACUCUCUCGUCCUGCUCUUCGAUCUCGUCCGACUCUGACCUGUCGUCGUCGUCGUCGCUCAUCUCAUCUUCAUCACUCACCUCGAGCUUGACGUCAUCGGUAUCGCUGGCCAAGCCGCCACCCACAAGUGUUCCGACUGUAGCUGCAAGCUCUCCGCCGUCGGCGACGCCGGCCGCUCCGCCGGCACCACCGCCGACCUCGCGCUCCGGCCGCCGCCGCAAGGUUCCGGCCAAGCUCCGCGAGGUUGCCCUGUCCGACUUUGAGACCUCGCAGCUGUACCCACAGUCGCUUCUUGCAGCAGCGGUCAGCUCGGCUGCUGUCAACUCGCCGUCGUCGCCCUCGCCGUCCCCGGUCCAGCCGCGAGCUUCGCCGCUCUCGAUUCGCCUGCCGUCGACAGCCAGCAGCGCCCACGCUGCCUCUCCUCUGCCCAAGAUCAAGAUCAGGAUGUCUCGCGAGCAAUAA